AUGCUGUUCCCACGUGCUCGGGGUCAAUGUGGAAAGGGCUCGCUCUGCCCCGCGGGCUUGCAGAACCCAGCCGUCGAGUCGUUCGCCGAAGCCGAGAUUCAGACGCUGCUCAAGCCCAUGAUCAACAGCGUCACCGAGAAGCUACUACUGAACCCAAGCAGCGACACGAAUGCGCUGAAGCAGCGCAUCUUGGAGGAGAAGAAGGUCGCCAAGGAGAUAGCUAAGCAGAAGAAGGAGAAAGCGAAGGCCGAUCGGAAGGCAAAUAGCCAGGCCUUGAGGGCAGCUGCGCGGGCCCUCACAGCCAAAGGUGGCAUCAGGAAGCGCAUUGGGAAGACAAAGGCGCAGGCGAAGCCUAAGGCGAAGCCAUCAGCCGCAGUGCCUCUGACAGACGGUUCGCCUGAUGCCAAGAGGAGCGUCGAUGCCUUGGUGGAGGCAGCGGCUGAUCCUCAGGAAAAGGGGCUGAAGGUCUUCGAGCACAUCACGAAGAUGCGAUGCAAGCUUCGUUCGAUGUUCUGCGACUUCGAAGCGCAGGGCGCUACAGUCGACGAGGACUACAUCGACCAGGUCACGUACUUGGCGAUCUACGGCGCGAUGAAGAACACCUUGCCCGAGCUAAAGGUCCAAGACAAGCAUGUUCAGGUCAACGGGUUCAGCCAGUUCAAGUUCUUCGCCAAGAAGGCUCUUCUGCAGAGCCUCGGGAAGAGACGGUGUCUGCAAGCGACCUUGAGCGACCCCGUGACGGAGCACGACGAUGACGCGAAUGGGGCGAGUGGAGCUAUCUACGACGAGCCAGUGUACACCGAAGCCGACGUGGUGGCCUACGCGAGCGACUGCGAGCCCUUGGCAGAGCACCUGGUUGGUCUGAUCAAGAGGGCUCCGAUCAACGUUGCCAACUCAGCGAUUGGGGCGUCCCCCCAGACUCUCAACAACGUGCUGCUCGCAACCAUGCAGAAGGUGCAAGCGAUGGGGGGUACGCUGUCGUGCAAAGAAGCUGCGAUGGACGUUUUGAUGCAUGAGGUGAUUUCUCACGUUGAGAACGUCUUCCCGAACGAGCUCGACGCGAUGCUGACCAAGAUCGGGUAUUUCAGACAAGACGGGCACCACAGCACGCUCAUCAAGAGUGACCCGAUCAAGUACAUCAUCGAGCUUGGCUUGGACGUAGAUGUCGUGUGGAUUCAGCGGGUUGCCCUAUCCAUGUAUGGGCUAGUGAGUUUAGGGCAUCAGAUGUGCGCCGUGCAGGAGGGGCCCAUCAUCACCAUGCAGCCGCAUCUGCCGCCACUCGUGCAAGGCUUCUGCAAGCAGUUCCUCGACAAGUACGAGAUAAGCAAGUACAAAGACGACAUGGAUAACAUCCCGCAGGAGUUCACCAGGCUGAGGGACGCGAUCAAGGAGAAGCGUGAGAGCACAGUGCCAGCCGAUACCACGCCAGUCUCGUUCAGGGAUGUGCUGACUGCUUGGGCACGUGAUGCCAUGGCUUGCCACAACCACUGCCUGGAGCACAACGGGGCGGCCCACAAGAUGGCCAAGGACAACAUGGUGAAGGCCAUCAGCAGCGCGAAGUCGUUCAAGGAAGCCAAGGUGGUCGUCGCGAAGGUGUUGGAGAAUCGUGCUUUGCCGAGUCUGACUCAGGACAUCCUCGUCUUCCCAGAGAAGAGGCAGACCGCCUGCAAGGAUGCCGCUGCGGCUAUGGAUGAGAUCAACUGGAAGGCGGCGCGAUCGGAGAAACUGAUUGACGCGAGUGGAGGCUUCUACGCACUGGACCAACUUGUAGAAAGAUCGGGGUCGGGGAUCAAGAAGGUCGCAAUCCAAGCGCAAGGAGAACAACAGCAACCACAGAGCGCACCCCAGCAAGUGCAGGUAGCUCAGUUGCAGAGUGUGCCGUCGGAGCGGGAGUACACCACCGUGUCGAGCAAGUUGGACAAAGUGCGCGAGGGCGAGCUGAUGGAUCCAGAUGGCGACGGCCUCAGCGAGCUCGACAAGAGGAACCUUGUGGCAGCUUUGCAGAAAGCUGUGCUCUUGAGGGCGAAGCGCGAGUACCUCGACAAGGACGCUCAUGAUAGCUACGCGCACCUGGCGAUCUGCGACGUGGCGGAUGACAAGGAGGCCGAGGCGACUGCGAGGAGCCUGGAGAAGGAUACCCAGGAGCUGAGGGACGCCAAGGCAGCCUUGAGCCAGACAAAGGAGAAGAAGAAGGGGACGCUGUACCUCAAACGCCUGAGCCCGAAGGGCAACAUGGAGAUGCACUACUGGGGCAAGGUCGUCACGUACGAGAGCGCUUUCUGCGUGAAGCGCGACUUGCUCCUGCCGCUGGAGUCCGACACGGUGGGUGCGCCGAGGCUCUACUUGGACGGGACGCCAUACGAGAACGUUGAGAAGUCCGACUUCUGCGCAGCUUGGCUCGUGCGCAAGGCAGGCUGGGUCUAUUCCACAACAGCUGUAGCCACGGUUCCACUACCCAAGGAGAAGGACGCCCCGAAGGAGGAGCAGAAGACCGCCGCGACCGAGCUCGUCGCCACUGAAGCUGGCAACAACGAGAGCGGCGUCGCGGCCAACCCCAACCCGAAGAAGAGGGCCAAGAAGGAGCCCAAGAAGGAGUUCGUGCACGUGCCGAGCCACCGCCUGGCCUACGAGGACGUGAAGAUCCCGCUCACGGUUGCAGCCAUCUCGGAGGAGAGCUGCAAGCUGGCGAUGCAGAAGGAGUUCAUCUACAAAGUGCCGAAGCUGACGCCGAUCGUUCGCACCGACUCGGACCCUACAGACACGGGCGGCGUCAAGAUGUUCCGCGAGCACAUCCCUUUCGACGGUUUGAAGCUCGAGCGCUCGACGAAGACGAAGGUGGUGGUUAGCAAGGCGGUGUCGUUCAUCAUGUCGUAG